AUGGGAGAGCAUUUGCAGUGUGAUGAUGAAUGUAAUCAGCUGUGCUUUCUGAUUCGUGAGGGAAAAAACUGGGGCAUUCAAGCAACGCUGCUUUGGGCAUGCUGCCACCCUUCAUCCAGUCCACACCACCAUUUCGCUGCGCUGUCGCCCUUCCUUCUGAAGCCCUUACCAUCCACAGUGCCACCUCCUGCAUCCCUACAGUCGACGGCGCCGUCACUGGCUCUGCAGAACCGGAUUCGUUGCAUCGUCAGCCCUAAGCUGUCUUCGACACCCCUGGUAACGCGAAGGCAGGAGCACAGGAUUGUGAAACUACGAUUGCGGCUGCACGGGGUGCAGAACACAGUGGGGCUCUUGGAAGGAAAGGCACUUCGCCACAAAGCUGCCUCUGGUGAUGACGGUGAAUUGUGGAUGUGGACCAGAGGGGCACUAUGUAGGCUGCGCGGCGGACGUCGAAAACUCUGUUACGGUGGUGGAAUUGGAAGUAAUUGUAUGUAGUAUAAAUGUGUUUAAGAGUGUUAAUUUUAAAUUUUUAAAUUUUUAAAUUUGAUAAUAAUUAAUAAAACAUCUGCUAAAAUUUAAAAUUUAACUUUUUUUUAAUUCGUUAUUUGCGUUAUUUACUAUAUACGUUGUAUUUUUUCUUCAGCUACACGUAUUUUUUCUUUGGAAAAAGUUUGGUAAUAAAAAAGUUUCAGCCAUAAUUAGCCAAAAC